UUCGCGGCUGGAAAGGCGCUUAGGGCGCGCGGCCGGGCCUGGCCGGGCGGGCAUGAGCCAGGCCGCCGCAGCCUGUCGCUCCUCGGGCAGCCGCAGCGAGGCCAUGAAGGUGAAGAAGGGCGGCGGAGGGGCGGCCGGGGCCGCCGCCGCGCCCACCUGCACAGAGGAGGAGCUGCUGGGGCGCCGGGCCGGCAUCAGCCCCGAGGACGUGCUGGGGCUGCAGAAGAUCACCUCCGAUUAUUUGUGCAGUCUUGAGGAGAACGUGUACAAGAUCGAUUUCACCCGGUUUAAAAUCCGAGACAUGGAGUCGGGCACAGUGCUGUUCGAAAUCACCAAGCCCCCCGUUUCAGAACGUGAGCAUGACGAUAAGAAGGACAUCGACCCAAAUGCAGGACGGUUUGUACGCUACCAGUUCACGCCAGCAUUCCUUCGACUGCGACAGGUUGGAGCCACGGUGGAAUUCACGGUUGGUGACAAACCCAUAAGUAACUUCCGCAUGAUUGAGAGGCACUAUUUUCGGGAUCAGCUGCUGAAGAGCUUUGAUUUCGAAUUUGGAUUCUGCAUUCCCAGCAGUAAGAAUACUUGUGAGCACAUCUACGAAUUCCCACAGCUCUCCGAGGACCUCAUUCAGGAGAUGAUCCUUCACCCCUACGAAACACAGUCGGACAGUUUCUACUUUGUAGACAACAAACUGGUGAUGCACAACAAGGCAGACUAUUCCUACAGCGGCGGACCCUGAGAAAGAGCCGUGGCAGCUUUCCGAAUCCUGGUGGGGAAGGCCUGGGAUUCCGCCUUCCUGCUGGCACAGGCAGCCAGUUGUGAGGACUCUGCGUCCGCUGGAGUUUCAUGACUAAAUUAGUGACGUCUUGACUCUUCCCUGGGCUGUGAGGCAAACCCCCGGCCUUCCAGGGGGGGUCUCUUUACCCUGUUGGGUACUUCGUUAGUUGCUUGAGGCUCUCAAAAUAGCUUUGGGUAGUAACUUCUGCCUAGCAAGGCAGGCAUUUUGCACCGGACAGUGUCCUGGCCCCCUGGUUUUGAUCGCUAAGUGUUCGUUAUGUGCUGUUGCUUGUGGGAGGGUUAAGAUGUGCACCCUUGAUCAGAUGGCACACGGGCAGCGGUCCUUGGGGAGGACCCCCAUUCCUGGUCAGCUGGGUUGUCAUUGUGUGGCAUUCACACUUAAGAUGGUCAGCUUGGUUCGUUUGUGUUUUCUGGUUGGGAGGGCGCGGGCAGGAUGGGAUCAUUAUGAAACAGCUUUUUGCAAAGAGUUCAAGGGUCUACGGUGUCACCAGGAUUGGUCACGAAAGCUUUCUCUGGCAUCAGAGGGUGUUUGUUUUGUGGGGGGAGGUGGGGGGCUUCUUCCUCUCCCUUGGCCAGAUGCCAGGCUAGGAAGGUCCUAACCCACUGGGCUAUUUCUUUCCUCGCCGAUGUGGCUCAUUGCCACUCCCAAAGAAACUUUGCACAACACGGGAGUGUUGCUGCCAAGGUGGGGACCCAACUAGAUUUCUGCCUGGGGGAGGCAACCAGGGGAGGAGGCUUAUCUUGGGUCACGUGAACGCCAGAGAAAUGACUUUCCAUCAGCUGUGUUCUAUUUGUGCUCCUAAAACACUUUCCCUCUGUUUUUUCUCCUCGUGAAUCUUUUGGAAUAAACCCUUCUAAGACACAGGACUUUAAAGACCUGGGAUGGGAACUGCUGUUGAUAUUUCACUUGGAACCGUCCUGGGAGGUUCCUGAGAGCUCCUCAUAGGCUCAGGGCAGCAGCAUCAACAGUGAACCUGGCAUAAGCCACAGAUGAUGCCUUGGAGCUAAAAAAGCACCCCCAGCCCCACAGUCUUCCUCAGCAUUCCCUUUCUCCCCAUGGUUGGGCAGCUGCCAUUUGUAGAUAGUGCUCUAAAUUCUUGGUGUCUCCAUGUCGCAUUCUGUGAGUUUAGUGCAUUAGCCUCUGGUGCGUGAAAAUAUAGAGGUUAGUUGUAAAAACGCCCUGUUUAGUUGUGGUUGAUCAUUCUCUGGUUGCGACCUGUGUUCCAGAUGCCAGCAGCCAAGGGUCUUGGGGCGCCUUUUGGCAUGGUAUUCCAGAGGCCAGAGUCCUCCCAAAUGUCACUCCAAACAAGGAUAGCUUUGAGGAAGAAGGGCUUGCCAGCCUGGGGGAGUAAUGGGGCUGCUUUGGGUAUGUAAUUAUUUGCCUUGGCUUGGGAGGUAGGAAUUCAUUUUCUCAAAAAAAAAAAGAAAUAAAUAAAUCACCGAUUCCAGAUGUAAAGCAGGUGCAAAGAAAACUGCUUUGUAUCAAAAUUCCUGCCUUGCUAGGACAGAAAUAGCAGAAGUCCUUGCCAGGAGUUUUUGCCUGGGGGUGGGGUGGGGGGGUCCCUUUUCAUACAUGCAGCCCACGGCUGAGUUAACAAGAUGUCGUUGUCCUUUUUAAGACGGCCAUAGAGAAUUUUCACGGUUAUUUUUAUAACAUUAAAGCCCUGUUGCAGACAGCAAGGUACAGAUAGUUCGUGUGUCACGUCACUCAUCUGUAGAUCGUGGCCUGGUUCCUGUAACUGCGCCUACGCUGGGCUCAGAAACAGUCCUGUGUCCUGCCUGCCAUGUUGCAGCACACAGAAGCGAGAAGGGGACAGCAGAGAGAAAUCGUCAAAGAAUCUUCCAAGGUGGAAUCAGUUCUGACACAAUGGCAGGGAACGAGGUGGCAGCAGAAAGCCAAGAAACUUCCCAGUUAGGUAGUAAAAUGUGUUUGUGCGCCCUGUGAAGUACCAAGCCUGAGAGCACAUUUCUACCCAUUUUUCUGAUGAUUCCCGAGUAGUUAAGUGCGGGGGGGGGGGGGGCUGCAGGCAUUUCAGGGCUGUGGGCCUGCUUGCCUGCCUAAGACCUCCAGCCCAAAAGUUCUGACUUCCUGCUGAGGCUGUUCAUCAGGGAAGCAGGACGGAGGUUCAGUGCCUGGGGUGUCGCUCAUCCCCUGUGUGCUGUGUGGGAUUGCUGUCUGCCCUGUUGCAGCCACGAUGUUUCUCGAUGCAGUUGGUGAUGAGGCCACCAGCUGAAGGGGACAGGUGCAGAGAUGGAAGCGUGUGGGCCCAGCUCCCGGACCCCAUCCGUGUUUGGCUUCUUGGCAUCCUCCAGUGUGUGACAGUUGCUGGGAAAGAUCUGUUCCUAGGUCUGCUAUGAGGUGGUAAUAAUGGAGCGAUGCUGGGAUAACCCUUUUGUGUAAUUUAGGAGUUGCGAGAUAUUGAUGUCUUUCUGCACUCUUGGGUGUGAUUCCCCCCUGGAGCCUUCCAGCUGGAAGUUGGGUUUGGACUCUGCUUGUGUCUUCUUUGGGCUGAAAGGAACUGCUCCUCCAUUGGUCUGGAGUAAUGCAGCUCUGGGAGUGUCUCCUUGGUUGCCUUCCUUAUGCUGGAAACUGCACUGCCGUCAGGGUCAGUUUUCCCCACAGGGUUUUUGUCUGCAGCCGGAAGAGGUAGAAUACAUUGGUUUGAGUGGGCAAGGGGCAGCCCUUUUUCUAGUUGGGGGAACAGUGGCAAAAGCCCACCAAGUUUCAAGAGAAUAAAAUCCAUCAAGGAUUGCCUUGGCAUUUUUGCAAAUGCAAGAAUCUCGCGUAGGUCCGGAAGGGGGCGAUGGACUGGCUUGCUUGGCUGCUUGGAGUUCUGCAGCUUUCGAGCUGGCAGGUUCGCCUUUGGCAGGGAUGAUUCGGGCCCAAAGCAUCCAGUCUCAUCGCGAGGGGUCUGGAAUGUGUUCCAGGGAGAACGGAGAUGGCAACCUGUGCUUCGCUGUUCGCAUUUCCAGCUUGAAGAGCAAAAUCAUUUUGAUCCUCCAUUGCUUGAAAUUUCUGUUGAGUCCAACUUGUGAUUAAAGACUUUUGUCCUUGA